UUUACGACUUGCAUCACUGUGCAUAUGUGGAUCAGGAAACCCUGCCAGCAUUUCUCCCUCAAACUGCGCUGUCACCAACGACUUCCUGAAUCUCAUCACAUCGUAAAGACAUUCCCAUCGACUCCAGGUUGUCGUCGCCGACCACAUCGGAAUCAGCUGAAUAGAAGAUGACGAACACGGCGCAUGUUACGGACUGUCGCGCAUGCAGCAGCAUUGAAGCCAGUGAAUGAUCACGAACAUCAACGAAUGCGACUAGGUUUAGCCGCUACCUCUCUCGAGAAGCACGAUGGAGAUUCCCGCAGCGCGUCGCAGACCGAACACCUACGGCAAAGGUGCGCGAAAGGUCCUGGUCCAUGAUCUCUUCGACGUUGGGACACUGUCGUCCUUCAGACCAGUGGAGCGAACGGCAACGCCGACGGUGUCACUCGACCAUAGACACCAUGUGCAAGAUGCCGACAAUACCCUACCCCGAUUACAAGCACAGAAAUCGGUUCUGUUUUCUGGGAGGGAACACUCAAAUGAACACGCUUCAUCAAAACAACCCAUGGCUCGAAGUUCGUCUCCGAGUGGAACGAGUAACACAUCUGUAUUCGAUGUCAAAUCGGACGAUGAACAGUCCACCAAGCCAAUGGUGAAGAGACCGCUCAAGAAAAGAAAGGUGACGCCUGUGGUGACGGAUCUCGAACCAGCCAUGACCAGGGUUCACCUGGGACAUGAACGAGAAGUGAGCAAUACAUCCGAUGUGGAUGUGAUGAAAAAGAAGCCACAGGCUACGACUGUUGGGGGGCUUCGAAACCCUCGAUUGCAAUCUCGGAGUAACACGAACACAUUGGUCAAUGGGGCUUCGAAUCAGAAGCUGGUGAAAUUGCAGAAGACUACCAACAUUCUUAAGAAGCGGGAAGACACCACUCUACCGAUGAUCAAUAAGAGCGCCACAGUGGUCACAGCACCCUCGAAGGCACUUCGAAUGAGUGAUGGCUCAUCCGUCCAUAUGUCAGACGAAUCCGACGCUUCUCAACUAUCACGUCAAAGUACGCCAAAGAGAAAACGAGUCGCACCAGAACAGGAUACAUAUGACAUGCCCAGUCCUUCUCAAUUGCAGAUCAGACCUCUCAAACUGACAACCGAUAAUAUCACUGAGAGCUCACUAAAUUCCUCUUCAGAUGAGGAGAUGACAGAGCCAAGUCCCAUUGUGCCGAAUCCAUCAAGGGGUCGGACCAGGCUCAUUGACAGACUGGAUGCUCCUCCAUCGCGAAGUAUAGAGAGGACUGCUUCGAGACCUACUCUCGGCCGAUCAGUCAGUGGCAGUAAGUCCCCUCGCAAGACGCAAGCCGAAAUUCAGAAACCGCCGCCCGUUGUGCCAAACAUAGGGCCACCGGCACGUCAACGUGCAACCUACGCAAGACAACGCUCUCAUCUGAGUGACAUGGUCGAUAGUCUCGAGGCAACCGCAAACAGUGGGCCUUCAUCACAGCAGAGCUUUUCUCAACCCAUGUCUUUUACCGCUAUUUCGUCACAGCUCGAAUUGGAGAACGAUGACAGUGACGACGCGGAGACAUUCAGUCAAAUCAAAAGCAUACAUGAACUGCGGCGGGGAGGUGCCAUCAGCAAGUUCGAUCUCGAUAUACAGUCUAUGCUGGAGGAUGUCGAAUCAGACCCAAAGUCAUUGCGCAUUCCGGGCCUAUUGCAAUUGAGUGGCAGGCUGAAGGAUCCUGCAUUCUCUCGACAUUUCCAGGAGUCAAGUAACCUUCAGCGCUUUGCAGAUUGUGCGAAACAUGACUUGGACAAGGUUAGCGCAGUAUUGAUCGUCCAGAUCUUCCAGAGUCUGGUAUCUGGCGGCCAAUGCUCUCCGAAGACCCUGCUGCAAAUCCUGAGUGGUCUCUAUCGUCUAUCUCCAGAUCUCUGCUCGGAGACAAGACCACUUUCCAAACUCGCAAAGGAUCGCAGCGAAAACCUCACCAAAGCCCUUGUUAGAGACGUCGCGGACCUUCAUGAAAGACAGUUGGAAAUCAGUGGGCAGGGGCAGGGCGCUGCGAGCCUUCUGUUCCUCGGGGUAAUUAACAACACGCUGCGGACUCUGAUCAGGCUCGAAGAAUCCAUUCCACCGAUGCCUCGAGCAUUGCUGAAGGAGAUUCUUGCGAGCUUCAACCGUAAGCAGGCGGAUAUGCUGGUAGCGAGCGCUAAUAUUGAAGGACUCGAAAGUCUUCAAGUUCUGCUGUCGUUGUUGGAGAUUGCUUGCGCAAAUCAUGAGUUGACUGAACCUACCUUGUCGAUGUCCCGCAUCUCCAUCCUCGGGCAAAGCAUAGCUGGAGUCAUGACAGUGGCACGUCAAGCUCGACCUGAGAUACAACAUUCAUGUCUCCGGCUUAUCGUCAGCUUAAGCAACAAUCAGCCCAGAGUAUGUGAAGCAAUGGCCGAUGGGCAACUCAUAGCGACUGUGUUUCAAGUCGUUGAUGAUCAUUUCCUGACACUAGCGGCAUUGGCGGCCAUGGAGAAGGAAUUUGAUAAUGCACAGCUCGAAUCCAUCAUUCUAGCUGUCGGCUGUCUACUCAACCUUGCCGAAUGCGCAGACGCAGCGCGAGAAAGGAUCCUGGCGAAGGAGACGAAUGGGAGAAGCUUAAUUGACCGGUUGAUCGACAUUUUUAACGGCCAUGUCGACCAAACGUCCGAGGCAUUGACCAUCGACCAAAGCCAGAUUCUAGUAGCCUUUGGCUAUAUUUCCGCCUUGCUGUGCACUUUAUGCCUCAACACGAGAGCAUGCAAGCAUAUAUCAGACCAUAUCAGGGGCGAUGGCCUGUCACAACUAUUCAGUGCGGCAAAUACCUUCCUCGACCAUUUACGAACUGUCGAAGAGGCUCUUGGGGACGACGGAGGUUCUUCCUCAGGAUUUACAGCACGAUUCUCCGCGGUUCUGGAUGCGCUGAAGCAGCAGAAUGACUAGACCGGAUGGGUGACUAGGUUUCACGAAGUCAUUUACCAACAACCGCGACAAUGGUGGGCGACUCGACGGUGCAGUUAGAGCGCGCCUGCCAGAAGCACCACCACAUCUUCCUCAACUACAAGACGAUUGAAGAAGGCGAUACGGUCACUAUCUGGCCAACGAAGACAAUG